AUAAUGUUGUAUGAAUAUGAUAUCAUCCACUCUUCUUCUCCAUAUUCACGGACUCCCAUUGCUGCCAUGUGCCCUGAAACAACAUAGAAUAGAAUCCAAUCUACUUACUUCCUUUUCAUUAUCCACAACUUUUUAUUCCGUCAAAGCAACUCUUUCUUCCGAUCUACGUUUCGAAUUUUCUUCUCUUCACCAUGUUUCAUCACUCAUAAACCCCCCAAUUUCCUCUCCCCCAUUAUCCCUAAAAUGGGCAAUUGCUCCAAAACCCUAAAAAACCCUAACCAAAAUCACAUUCCAGAUAAUAACUCUAAUACCCACAUUUCCGAUCAAUUUCACCGGAAAACAGCUUUAUCUGACGUCAUCAACUCUUCUCCGUCACCGUCAUCGUCACCUUCCGAUAAAGCUCACCGGACAACUGCUCACUCUGACGUCAUCAACUCUUCUCCGUCACCGGAAUCGUUACCUUCCGAUAAAGUUCACCGGAAAACAGCUAAAUCUGACGUCAUCAACUUAUCUCCGUCACCGUUAUCUUCCGAUAAAGUUCACCGGAAAACAGCAGAAUCUGACGUCAGCAACUUAUCUCCGUCACCGGCAGCGCCACCGGUUGUCAGACUGUACGGAUCACUGACAAACCCUAACACAUCCUACAUUCGCUUCGCACUUAACUACAAACCUGUAACCCUGAUUUUCAUCCCGUCGGAGACUCCAGACUUCGGAUUCGAAACUCCGGUGAUACAGUACGGAUCUGACGUCAUCUCGGGUUCACCGGUGACGAUUUUACGGUAUCUAGACGCGAAGUUUCCGAAGCCGGUGCUGUUGAGCGAGUGGAGCGCGGGGACUGAGAAUAUUCCGGUGGUGGUGAGGGCGACGGUAUUGCAGCAUAAGAGUUUGUUGUGGCAUGUUGAGAGGAUGGUGCGGUGGGGGGAGGAUCUGGCGGCGCGUGGGGGACGCGCGAGAGGGGAUCCGGUGAUGGGGAGUGCGCGUAUGGAGGUUAAGAAGUACGGGAAAAGUUAUUCGCAGUUGUUGGAGGUGUUGCUUGAACAUGCUCAGAUGGAAGAGAAGAUUGUGUUUCCUGUUUUGGAAAGAGAAGAUAGAGGCUUAUCUAAAUCUGUAACCGAAGAACACGCUAGAGAUCUACCCCUCAUGAAUGGCAUCAAAGAAGAUAUUAAAACCAUCAUAGUUCUUGACUCAGGGAGCUCUUCAUGCCAAGAUAUGCUCUUUAGUUUAUCCACCCGCAUAAAAUCGCUUCAGGAGAAUUGCAAGCAACAUUUUGAGGAGGAAGAGAGAGGGAUUCUACCGUUAAUGGAGGCGGUAGAGUUGACUCAAGGUCAACAAGAGCGGUUACUGGAGCAAUCUUUAGAUGUCAUGCCUAGUACACACUCUCACCUACUCAAGUUUUUCAUGGAAGGUCUUCUCCCUCAUGAAGCAAUGCAUUAUCUUGACUUGAUCACCAGAUGUACUGACAAAGAUCGAGCGGGCUCCAUCUACCGAUUCUUAGUCGAAGAACACCAUGGGAAACGCAACGAGGGUCGACCAACCAUGGCAUUGUUGUUAAAGGCCAAAGCCUAAGCUUCCUGUCUUGAAGUGGACGGUUUCAUUGGCGGCCAAAAUCGGAUAAAGUGUGUGUUUAGGAGGUUAGCGGGCAUUGGUGGUUCUCGUGGUGCUUUAGUGAUCGAAUUGGUUAUAUUGUAUGUAUGUUUUCGCUAGGGUGUUGUGUGCAGCAACCUUACCUAAUUACAUAUCAGCAGCAAAAACAAUAGAAGAUGUUGUAUACAGGGAUGGAAAUCUCAGACUUCAUACAUGAAUGACUUGUAGACUAUGCAUCUAAACUUUGUACCAUAAUGUUGUGAAGGAAUCAGAUUUUCUGUUUUUUUUCA